AAUAUUUACAAAAUAGCUCGAUCGUUUCGUUAUCUUUUCUUUUUCUUUUUUUUCCUACAAAUUUUCUCAUGGAACGACUUGAUGGUUUCGCUCUGUAUAAAAUGUCUCGCCGUGAAAUGAGUUUCCGAGAGAGGCAGCGACAAGAAUCCGGACUUAAUUAAACGUCCCGCGGCGUCGAAGGACGCCGUCGAGGGCCUCGCGAUGGCGAUUUUAUUUUAAUCGGUCGGUCGACGUCGUGCCGGUAGUCGGCGAGGACCCCCUAUCGCUCUCAUUUCGGCUGCAGCGAGGGGUGAAACGCGGCUCUGAAGAUAUAUUGAGAGAGGGUGACUGCUGCGUGCUCCCCGAGCGAGCGGGAUCGAUAGAACACAUGCGCCUUGCGGCACAGAUUCCGGCCCGAAACAGCGCGUUCAACAGCUUUCCGAGAGUUGUACACAAAACUCGUUCAGUUUCCUGGCUCCGAUUCGCUCGAUCUGACCAAGCUGUCGGAGUUCGGCUCUCGGCGACGGUAAUUCCGAUUCGCCGAUUCCUCUUCCGUCGUUUCACGCCGUUCGAACAGGAUCGGGACCUUUUUUCGCAUACGGUUUUCCCAAACCUCCUCCCCUUGGGCCUACGAUUCGGACCAAGCAUGCAAGCGGAGAAAACCGACACCGAGACCGAGAAGGUCGAGAAGAACCACGUCGAGGAGAAGAACGAGGCCAAGGUCGAGAAAAACGACGCUGACAAAGAGUCGGCCGAGGAGACGGUCGCGAACAAAACGGCGAGCUUGAAGAUCGAAGACGACACCGGAAGCUCGACGCCGAGCAGCCCCGGCGCCGCGCACCCUGGAAGCUUCGUGGGCAACUUCAAAGCUUUCUCGAAAUUCGGCGACUCGAAGAGCGACGGUAAGCUGAUCACUCUGAGCCAGAGCGACAAAUGGAUGAAACAGGCUAAAGUGAUCGACGGAAAGAAGAUCACCACCACCGACACGGGGAUUUACUUCAAGAAACACAAAUCGAUGAAGCUGGGGAUAGAACAGUACAAAGCCUUCUUAGACGAGCUAGCAAAAGCGAAGAAGGUCGACUUAGCAGAGAUGAAGAAGAAAAUGGGGACCUGCGGACCGCCCGGAGUAACGAGCAGCACCGCGGCCGGAAAGGCAGCCUCCGCAGUGGACAGGCUGACAGACGUCAGCAAGUACACCGGCUCCCACAAGCAGCGCUUCGACCAGACCGGAAAGGGCAAGGGGAUCGCGGGCCGGAAGGACCUGCCGGACGAAUCCGGCUACGUGCAGGGCUACCAGAACAAGGACACCUACAACAAGGCCCAUUAACCCUCGAUCGCUGGCUCCGGCGAUGUCUUCGACAUUCUGUUGUCCCGUCCACGUAUUCCGCGCGACGCGAUCGCGCCUCGUGUCCGUCAGGUUGUCCCGUCGGUGUUCGUUCCGGCGUUUGCCAAUUAGCACCGCCGACAAUCGAGGAUCCGCGAGGUUCGCGAACGCGUCGAUCGCUCGGACAACUGUCUGCCGAUCUAUUCCCAGUCCCGGCAAGGACACUCGUGAAAAUCACGUCGAAAAACUUCUCGACCGAUUUUCUCCGUCGAACUGGGAUUCUGCGUCUUGAAGCUUCGGAAUGCUAAACAGGGACUUAUCCCAGACGUCCUUGCGCCGAAUUGCUGUCGCGGACCUUGCAGAAACGACGGUCUCCGGAUGGUAGUUUCUACGGCGCGAAGGACCGCAGGGAUAACGUUUAUCGGUACUGUUUUUGUUUUCGCUUCGAAGCGGCUUCAGACAGUUCGGACACUUUGACUCUCUGCAAUCGUGCUUCGUUCCCUUGCGAAUCACGGCUCACCGGGAAACCAGACGACAAAUUGUCGGGUCGACGAGUCGCUUACGUUUCGAAUGCAAUUUCAUUGAAAGUACAUUUUCCUUCGUGCGUUUUAUAUUAAUAUGUCUCCGAUCUUAUUUUGUUCCUCUAUCGAACGCGCGUUGAACUGUUCAAUUUGGUAGACCGUCGCAAUCAACAAAUUACAGGAAACGAACAAUUUGUACAAAUUUACUUAUUUCAAUUCAAUCUGACAAUUGAAACAACGCGAUCUGCUAGAUCGUGUGACCGAAUUGAAAAAUUUUAGACACGUUCGAGGGAGGAAGGAAAAUCGCAUUUUUAAGCGCAAGCGACGCCGCUUCGUCGACCCAGCACGCGAGAACUAAAAGCCAGGUGGUGAAUGUUCCGUUGUUGCCGGUUUGUUUAACGAUAAUUUCGAAUUUAAUGCAACGACGGUCGAAGUCCGUUAUCGUCGGUCGAUGCACUCUUAUUUUUUGUCUUAUUUCUUCUUUUUUAUUCGUUGUAUAAUAUACCUACUAUUUCGCAGUCUACGCCGGUUUCGCGUUCGUUUCAAGUCUUUUGUAUGAUCGACCAUGGCGGUCGGGGUGCUCGCCGCCAUUUUGACAAGCGGCGGCCGAGAUACGAACGUCGUCUCGCUCGAUUCGCAAUAAUGUACAGUCGAUGAAACCACGUGUCGGGUGUAAUUGAUAAAAACGAAUUUGUGAUUGUUCUUACGGCAUCCGCAUUGCAUAAUAACAUGUGAUUAUGAUAUGUAUAUGUAUACGUAACCGAUUAAAGUGUACUUAAAACGUGGCUACCGCGGGUAGCGGCGGGUUCGAGACCAAAAUCCGUGACUUGGUACUAACUCUCGGAGAAUAUUGUUCUGUAAGAUACGAGAAAAAGGAAGAAAAAGGAGAUGCGAAAAAAGAUGGACACGGUGUGGGGGGCUCUGUUGCUUUCGCGAACCGCCGAGAGCGACACGAAAGCUUUCACGUUAGGGGUGUCAUCCUUCUAGCCUAUUUUCUACAUGCGUCGUCGUUUCGAGAUAAAUCGCCGCCGAUUCCGAGCUUCCGGUGUCAUGUGUUACGAUUUUCAACAAUUUCUGGGGGACCGUGUCUCGCCACCCCCGCACGCGCGCGCGCGCGCGCGCGCGCUCACGGUCCCCGUUCUACCCGUAAUGCACUAUACGAAUUCUCUAAUCGAUGUACACUACACUACUUUAGGGGACAGCGUCGAGAAAACAGCGUUUCUCUCGAACGAACAAGUCGUCUUUAUUCGGGGUAAUAAAGAAGAGUUGAAAGAAA